UUGUUAUUUCUAAAGCCUGUUUACUAGAGCUCUUUCAUUCUCUCUCACUCAUUGAAACUCUUUAAGCUAGUUCCACGUUUCUUUGAUAGAAAAACAAAAGAGAGUAACUAAACUAAACUAGCUUCCAAAGACAAAGAGGGAAGUGUAUAGGGGGUGUGUAUAUAUCAAGUGAUGCGCUCAGGAGGUUGUGCAUUGCAGCAGACCCUCACAGCAGAGGCUGCUUCAGUUUUGAAGCAUUCUCUUGUGUUGGCUAGAAGGCGAGGUCAUCCACAAGUCACUCCUCUACAUGUAGCCAUCACUUUACUUACCUUAAGACUAAGUUCCUUCAAAAGGGCUUGUCUUAAGUCUCAUCAGCCUCACCAUCAAACUUCACAACAUCCACUUCAAUCUAGGGCUCUUGAGCUUUGUUUCAAUGUAGCUCUUAAUAGGUUACCAACAACACCUUCUCCUUUGAUUCACUCUCAGCCUUCACUUUCCAAUGCUCUUAUUGCUGCAUUGAAAAGAGCACAAGCUCAUCAAAGACGAGGUUCCAUAGAACAGCAGCAGCAACACCAGCAAACUGUUCUUACUGUCAAAGUUGAGCUUGAACAGCUUAUUAUAUCUAUACUUGAUGAUCCUAGUGUUAGUAGGGUUAUGAGAGAAGCUGGAUUCUCUAGUACUCUUGUUAAGAACAAUUUAGAAGACUCUUUCUCACCUUCUAAUUCUGUUUUUAAAUGUUAUAAUAGUUCUGGUGGUGGUGUGUUUUCAUCUCCAUGUUCGCCUUCAACUAGUGAGAAUCAUAGAGAAAACAUUAACCUUAGCAGUUUCAGACAGAACAAUUUCAUGGCUGCUACUAGUGCUAAGCACAGUUCUUCUGAGUUUAACUCAGUUCUCUUUUCUCCACCAAAAAGAACCGAGUUGAUGAGUACAUCAGGUGGACUUGGCUUGACCCUUCAUUCUUCCAGUGUCCUUGAUUCCAAGAUGAGCAUCUCUCAGAACUUAUCUCAUAUGCUGGAAACAAAACCCUUUAGCAGUAAUAAGGUGCAUGAGGAUAAACUUAAUUGUUGUGAAGAAUGUGCUUCCAAUUAUGAAAAAGAAGCUCAAUUUCUCAGACCUGCAGGACAGAAGAAAACUUUGCCUUUCUGGCUUCAGUCUCAUGGCACAGAAGAACAAAAUAAGGAUGCAUUAACCGAGUUGAAAAGAAAAUGGAAUAGACUAUGCCACUGUCUACACCAAAACAAACAGCACCAAAACCACUGGAAUAGGAGCAACAAUAAUCACAGUUCAAACCUCAAUAAUUCAUCAAGCAUCAUAUCUCACACCUCCAAUCUUACACCUCGAUUCCGUCGCCAACAAUCAUGCAGCACCAUUGAGUUCAAUUUCAAUGAUAAAAGGGAAACAACAAAGCCGGUCUUUGAUUCCAUUGCAAGCAUGGAAGGUAAAGAAGUAAAGAUUAGUCUUGCACUUGGCAAUGAUGAUUCAAGUGAAAAGGUGGGAAAUAUAACCGAUACAGCGCUACAACAAGCUCAUGUUUGUAAACUAUUGCAGGAGAAUGUGCCAUGGCAAUCUGAAACUAUUCCUUCAAUAUCAAAAGCCUUGUUUGAUACCAAAUCAACAAAACUAAAUGAGAUUUCAUUUAGAUGGUUAUUUUUACAAGGCAAUGAUUUCAUAAGCAAAAGAAGAUUAGCACUUGGUAUUGCAGAAUCAGUUUUUGGUUCAGCUGAUUUGGUCCUUCAAUUGGAUAUGCUAAAAAAGGAAACUUUGAUAGCCCCAUUUUCUGAAAUGCUAUUAGGAGCAUUGAGAAAACAUCAACAGCUUGUGGUUUUGAUUGAAAAUGUUGAUUCUGCUGAUACCCAAUUCAUGAAAUUUCUCUCGGAUGGAUAUGAAAAAGGAAAGUUUGAAACUUUAAGUAACAAAGAGGGGAAUUUAGGUCAAGUAAUAUUCAUCUUAACAAAAGGUGGAUCCAAAAGCAUUGAAGAGAAGAACCAAAAAACUGUUAUCAAUUUGUUGUGGCAAAUCAGUGAAACUAAGCCUAAUUUCUUGAGCCCCAAGAGAAAAGCUGAAUUUGAUUUGUUUUCCAAAAUCAAGAACCCUAGAAUUGAAGAGAAUGAAAAGGGGUUGUUGAUUUCUGAACAAGGAAGCAAAAAGGAAGAAUUUUUAAGACAAUCAAGCUUUAACAGUAACACCCUUGAUCUGAACAUGAAAGCUGAUGAAGAGGAAGAUGGUGAAAAUAAAGCAAUUGAAAGUAGCUCAAUUUCAAGUGAUAAUCCAUUGAACUCAAAUGUGUUUCUUGAUUCAAUUGAGAACAAGUUUGAGUUUAACACAAGUUCAGAUAAAGACAGGGAAAAGACAGAGUUUUUUCUGUUUAAGAUUAAAGGGUCAUUUGAAGAUGUUUGUGGUAAGAAAAAUGUGGUGAAUUUUAGUGUAGAUGAAAAAGUGAUUGAAGACAUGUGUAUGGGGUGUUGUUUUUUUACUAACAAAAUGUUUGAGAAAUGGCUGAAAGACAUUUUUCAAAGCAGUUUAGAAACAGUUAACUUGGGUGGGAAGGAAGGUAUACAUUUUAGACUUUGUUUGGGUGAUAAUAGAAAUUGGGAUAGUGGGUUUAUGGAUUCUUCACUGCCUAAGAGUAUCCAAGUUAAUUACUUCAUAGAAUGAGUAAUUUGGGUAUUGAGGGUUUUCUUGUAAAAUUGUCCACAUGGUGUAAAAUGGGAUAGUUUGUGUAAUUUCUAAAUUUCACAGUAGUAUGUAUUUGUUUUUUUUUUUCCUUGUUCCUUCUCUUGUAACCAUUAUGUUAUGUCAAUCAAUUUUUGGAGUUUAA